CGCCGAUAUGCAAAUCACGUCGCCCCGCCAGCCAACGGGGAGGCGGGAGCCGGCCGCGCCGCGCGGGGAUUGGCCGUGGUGGGCGGGCCGCCGGCGAGGCUAGCGGGUUGAGCUGCCCCCGCGCGGCUGAGGGGCCGAAGGAGGCUGUGGCGGCAGGAGCGGCGGAGGGGAGUCGGCAUGUGCGGCGGCUGAGGCGCCGGGAAAGGAGCCCCAAUGGCCGCCGCGGUUGAGGCCGGGAGCCCGCCGCUCCUGGCCCUGCUCUGGCCGCCGCUGCUGCUCCUGCUCGGGCUGCAGCCGCCGCCUCCGGGCGCGGAAGGGGCCGCCAGCCUGACCGAGAGCGUGGUGUGGGCCGUCAACGCGGGCGGCGAAGCCCAUGUGGACGUCCACGGCAUCCACUUCCGGAAGGACCCCCUUGAAGGCCGGGUGGGACGAGCCUCUGACUAUGGCAUGAAGCUGCCCAUCCUGCGAUCCAACCCUGAGGAUCAGAUUCUCUACCAGACAGAACGCUACAAUGAGGAAACCUUUGGGUAUGAGGUCCCCCUCAAGGAGGAGGGGGACUAUGUUCUGGUGCUGAAGUUUGCCGAAGUCUAUUUUGCACAGUCCCAACAGAAGGUAUUUGAUGUGCGUGUGAAUGGCCACGUGGUGGUGAAAGACCUGGACAUCUUUGACAGAGUCGGGCACAGCACAGCCCAUGAUGAGAUUAUUCCCAUCAGCAUCAAGAAGGGGAAGCUAAGUGUCCAGGGAGAGGUUUCGACAUUCACUGGGAAGCUGAACAUUGAAUUUGUCAAGGGGUACUACGAUAACCCCAAAGUGUGUGCACUAUAUGUCCUCGCAGGAACGGUGGAUGAUGUUCCAAAGCUGCAGCCCCACCCCGGCUUGGAGAAAAAGGAGGAGGAGGAAGAUGAAGAGGAGUACGAAGAAGGUUCCAGCACUAAAAAGCAGACCAAUAAGAACCGGGUCCAGUCAGGGCCCCGCACACCAAACCCGUAUGCCUCGGACAACAGCAGCCUCAUGUUCCCCAUCUUAGUGGCCUUUGGUGUAUUCAUUCCUACCCUCUUCUGCCUGUGCAGGUUGUGAGAAGCAAGACAAGCAGGCCGGCCAGAUGUGGGCCAGAGGGGAGGAGUUGGACCAAACACAGAGGCGGCUUUGGGUUUCUCCAUGUUCCUCAUAAUUUAAGGAAAAUUAAAAAAAAAGUUUGCUUAAGGAGCUACAGGUACAAUAAGGGAGAGUUUGCAUCACCUUCUUUGCGGGGAAAUUUCCUGCCCCUCCACAGCCGCCUCUGCAGAACCUUGGCUCUCCUCUGACUGUGUCCUGAGCAGCCACCUUUCCUGCUCAGAGAGCCACAGUUGCAAAACCUGGCGUCCUUCUUGCUGCAAGAGACUAGUGAACUCUAUGCCUAUCUGGGAGGGGAGAUGGCUUAAAGAAGCAGAUUUUUUUUGGCAUUGAACUCCCUCCUCGCCUGGAAUAAUUUGCAUUGGCGUGCUCCAAUGGCGGGUGGGCAAGCGGGAGAUGGACUGGUUUCUUGAUAUCGGCUGAAAGGUUUCUAAGUAAACACGGUACUUCCUUUCCAUUGAGAAAAGGUUCAAAGUUGUGGACUGGGCUCUGGGUUAAAUGCCCUGGUUGUUGGAACAGGACAAAGCGGGUGUCUGAACUUAUCUCCUCUGCUGGGGAGAAAUAUUUUAGUGAUCCCAUCUGAGUGUCAUCUUGGAACGAGCUUGGCUUCAGGCAGGCCGUUUCCUUACUUGUCAUGCCAGCUUGGAGACAGAAAUCUUUGCUUUUCGCAGGGAUGGGUCUCCUGUCCUGUCUUGACCCACCACUCAUUCCUUCCAUUUGGCUAUUUCCCCAACCCCCAAGGAACCAUCUCCUUCCCUUUUGUUGUGCCACUGGAAUGGGCACCUCAUAGGUUGACUCAUGAAGCACUUUCCCCUAAUGGCCUUUUAAUUUGUGUCAGAAGGCUUCCUUCUCUUGGAGCUGAAUGUCACCUCUUUUCCUUUGCCAAAGGGCUCCAGGGCAGGGGGACUGAAGACGUAGCUUUGCUUAUGAUGCUAUGGUUAUGUGCAUUGGUUCUAGAGCUGAUUUGGAAAGGGUUAAGUGUGGGUCAUUUUCAUGGGAUCUACAGCCAUCUGUUUCUGGAUUUACUGGUUUGUUUUCCCUGGAGCACAGUGUUGACGCAUUCUGAAAUUGGCAAAUCUGUCAGUGAUGAAGGAGUUGUAUCUGGCAUUUUGGUGAGGGAUUUGUUGUGUGAUCAAGGUGGAUGUUGGCAGUUGUCUCAAUGGUGGUGGAAGAGUUCUGACUCUUUGACCUGAUCCACUGUGGUCUUGCCUCUUGGGCCUGUUUGAUUUGUCUCCCCAAUCAAAACCAGGUGGCUUGUCAUGUUUCCUUGAGGGGGGGGGGGCUCAUUUUUUUAGCAAAAGGGGAAAUGGCUAUCCUACAUUGGAAAGAAGGGUGGUAUAAAGUUUCUUACUGGUCACUUGGAAGCGCAUCAUAAAGAUACUUGAAUAAUUUCCAUUGCAAGGUUGGCACUGGUUGAUACCAGCUCUUGGUGGCUGGAGCCCCAUGCAUUCUUUUUCUGCAAGUAUCACUUCCUUCUUGUUCCAGGCACACCAUCCAGACAUGAUAAUCUCCAUACUCCGUCCCUCUGCUGUGCUCUUGUAUGUCAUGGUAUAUGAUGGGCAAUGUUUUGCUUACUGGACCCCUGCUAUUUGCAUGGCAGAGACCUGACUGACAUGCUUCACAUUCCUCUUCAGAAGCUCAAAUCCUUUGUCCCCAUCCCUUGGUGAAGCAGGUGGUCACACCUGAUUCUGGCCUGCACUCCUCACUUGUCCUCGGUACAGUCCUGGAAAGGAAAUCACUUCCAAACAGGGCCACUGUUUUAGGCACAGCUCAUACUUGCAUUGAACUCAUCCACUUGUCCUGUUUCCUCAACCCAGCCACAAAUCACAUCUCUUCAGGAAAGCCUACCUAGAUCAAUCUUCUGUGCUUUUGGCCCUAAAGGUCACUUUUUGAAAAUUAAUUCUACAAAUGAUAAUUCUCUCCGCCUACCUGCUUAGUUUUCAUUUUCCUUGGUUAAUGAACUUCAUGUAGCACCUUUCAGAUGGCAGCAGGGAUUUGGCUGGAUGCAGCCUUGGAAAUACCAUCAGGUUGUUUGCCGCCCUUCUGCGGUCUGCUGUUUCUUUUCAUUGCUCUGGAUGUUGCAUGAUGAGAUUGCAAGGAAGCCCUUUGUUUUUUAAAUCCCAACUUUCCGAAGGACUUUUAUUUAACCCUAGUAUGGCUGUCUGGCUUAGGUUCUUUCGUGGCCCAUGCACUCAGGUACGUGGUUGGGGCUUCAGCAGGAUCACUUUGUCUUGAUGCUGUCAAUGGGGUCGAGCCCCUCGUCUUUAGAAGAUCACCUUUUUCACUUGCUUAUUGAAAGACUUUGGGGAGCUUGACAAAUACGGCAGCUAGUAGUUUCUCCCAUCUUGUUCCUUCAAUGACUGCAGCUUGGAAGAGGUAUCAGACAUCCAGUGUGCCCCUGGCCACCAAAGUUUUAACAGGGGGACUCUGUUGUGUUUUGCUUGUCUGGUUCUGCCUUCCCCUCGCUCCCAUCCUGCAUUGCAUUGAGGAGACAGGGGGACAAUGUACUGAAUGGUUUUUGGUUCUCAUCUAUCCCCUUCCAGUCAAUUGCUGGUCCCCAAAAGAGAAAGAGUUUGGCUUGCAGCUUGUCAGCAGAUUGAACACUGUAUCUUACUUAAGCAGGAGAGGUCAGAAACAGGCCUAUGUCACCAGAGCAGUCUUGGUCUGGGAAGAAAUGCUGUGAUUUAGGGCCCCGUGUCCAUCCCCCCACCCCCCAAACCUCAUCCCUUUAUUCUUGAAAUUUGCAGAAAAGGCCAUGGAGCCUUUGUGCGACUGGCUGAGCCGACCACCUUCCCUGGCUAAAUUGGUAUGAGGGCUGAGAUUCUCCUUUUCAGAUAGCUUCCUUGAUUCACUCUCGGCUCCAGUCACGCCACGCAAAACUGUUUUGAGUGCAAAACUCUCCCGCCUUGGAAGCUUUUGAGACCCUCCUUUCAUGUACACAGAGCAAACGGAUCCCGUUUGCCCGUUUUGAACUGUGCCAAGAGAGCCUGGCAGGUGGAAACUGGAGGAACACCAAAGUCGAAUCUGUGUCUAUGUGUGUUUGUGCCUUUUUUAAUUUUUCA